GGUCAAUGGUAAUGGUGGUUACCAUUUGGGAAAUCUGACAAACUACUUGUUCAUGUCAGACACAGUUUAUGCACAGAAACAUGUUAUAUCUUUACGAUCAGAUAUCAAUGUGACAGUGAUUGCACGGAAUAGUCGAAGUUAUGCCCUGGAUGCUUAUACAGUCAUUCCGGUAUCGUAUUCUGCAUAUGAAUUUUACGUUACACCAUAUUGCUCUCAAAACACAAGUUCGCCGAGUAAAUGUUUGGUUGGCAUAAUACCCGUAAGCUCAGACACUGAGGUCACUUUUGUCAUGCCGCCCGGUAACACGGUGACAUUAACGUCAGGCGACAUUGCUGGUAAGAAAUCAUUUUACACUUAUGAAACAGUGUCAGAACAACUAAACUUUGAGGAUAUUAAAUUCAUCGCAGGAAACGGCUUGGUUGGGAUGAAACUGUUGGCGAACAACCCGAUUCAUGUUUUUGUUGGAAAAUACAAUAGGCACUUUUUACGAUGGAAGCAAUACAGACUUUACAGAAGAACAAUUAAUGCCUGUCAAUAGAUGGGGUCUUUCUUAUGUUGUGGCAAGAUCUUCAACUACUAAACGACCGGAUUUGGAUCUUAGCCUCAAAAGCAGAAACAAAUAUUAAGAUUGUUUCAAGUUCAUAUACAUUUGAGCAGUACAGAAUGACUGACGCAGGAGAAGUGCUUGACUUUGUUAUUGUUGACAAAUCCUACUAUAUAGUAGCUGAUAAGCCAAUAGGUGUUACACACUUUGUUUUGCGUACGAAAGGAUUGAUGUAUACUAUGUACCGUGUUACUCCAACUGAACAAUUCGUACGGGAAUCCGUUACGUUUGUGGCCGGACCAACUGUUACAGGAGAUAAUAACAUCAAAUUUGCUGCGGCAGUUAUAUUUACUGAUACGGAUAUAACAUCAUCUUUGACAUAUGAUGGAAAAACAUUGUCAAAUGCUACAGAAUGGGAAGAAAUUCCUUAUAGCGGCGUAUCGUUUGCUUCUAUAUCUAUUUCAACUCAGCAGACCCACGUGUUCCAGCAGCUUGGUUCUGGGGGCGGACUUGGUGGGUAUGUGUUUGGCUAUGACAAGUAUGCAGUAUUUGCGCAUGCGCUCACACUCAGUUACAGAGAUAUGGAAUCUGGAUGUGAUGGUCCUUGUUAUGAUACCUCCAUUUAUGACAAAUUGAAUAACCAAGAUGACACUUGCAUCCCAACACCACAGCUGGAAUGUGCAACAGUACAACUACCGGGCUCAUACGCCUUCACAAAAGGUUCUGUAAGCACGGUGUCUUAA